CUUGGAAACGCUGCGGUAACUUUUUAUGUCCUUCUGCUCUGGGGUGGAGGGAGCGUCUGCGGCGGCUCACGCUCUGUCUCUGCCUGCGGACGCUUAUGGAAACGAUCCGCAGCUUGAGGUCAUGUGGGCGAUGAAGGCGUACAACCACGCAGAAGUUUACUUCAAUCUUAUUUCAUCCGUUGACCCAAAAUUCCUGAAACUGACGAAACUGGACGACAAAAUCUACUCGUCCUUCAGAGAAACGUUCAAAGACCUCGACAUCAAGCUGCUGAAAACCCAGGACCUGAAAUCAGACCAGGCCAAAGAGGUGUGGCGUCCAUUCUGUAACCAGUUCGAAGGACUCAUCGAAGAUUUCAACUACGGCACUCUGCUGCGUCUGGACUGUGAGAAAGAUUACACCGAGGAGAACACCAUAUUCGCCACCAGAGCUCAGUUCUUUGCCAUCGAAAUCGCCCGCAACAGAGAAGGCUACAACAACGCCGUGUUCGUGCCCAAAAAUUCGAAGAGCUAGUAUCAAAGCGAAGCUGUCUGUCACACCGGGACCGUGGUGAUGAACUGUAAGACUUUUCUUCUCAUCCUGCAAUUUUUCUGAAAAUCAGUGUUUUGUCGUUGAAUCUUGAGGUCUGAUCAAAACGUUCCACUGUGUUUUCUGUCAAACAGCCUCAGCGCUAUUUGGACACUUCGGUCUCUCUUCUGCAUUUUGUAUUUACUGUAAAAUUUUAUUGUGCCAAUCAUAAGUUUUAUUUUGAAUUUGCUUUUCUUUGCCUAUAAACUACGAAACUAUUAAUAAAACAUCUGAUGCAUUUUA